AUGAAUCCACUUGAGAAUGGGACCAGAUGCUUCCUUGUCUGGGCGUUCUGCUGCGGUUGCCUCCCUCUCAUCUUCUUGGCAAGCCCCGUGCCCUUGAAGGACGCAGUUAUUCGUACUAACCACUCCUGCGAACUCACAAGAAACAACUUCCAGAAAACCUACUUCAGGAAUCGUACAUAUACUUUAGCUAACCAGGGAAGACUCUUUGAUAAGGACACAGAUAACAGAUUUGUUGGGCAGCAUCUGUACACCAACAUCAAGGCAAAUGAUCGCUGCUACCUAAUGAAGAGAUUAACUGAUAUUGUGGUGACAGACGUCCUCCUGACCCUCUCUGGGGACAAAUAUUCCAGUGCCCAGGAAGUUGCAAGUUUCUUGACCGAUUUGAAUAGGAAACUGAAUGGCUGUAAACCACUGGGAAAUAAAGAACACAUUGAAAGGAACCUGCAGCAAAUGAAAGACAAAUUACAACAGUUGGGAGAAAAUGGGAAAAACAAAGCAGUCGGUGAGCUUGAUUUGCUGUUUGACUACCUGGAGGAUGCCUGCACUGCAGCGCUCAAAGCCCCCAACAAGAACCACAAAGGCAAGAAGAACUGA